GUGAGUAGAAGGUUGCAAAGGCCUGGAUGUCUCCAUGACAACACUAACGGAGGAGAGCGUCUGGAUAAAUCGUGACAGAACGUGAAGGACAGGAUGGCAGAAACUGGUGAUGGUAAAAAAGAGGAUGCCGACUACAAAAGACUGCAAAGCUUUCCGCUGAUCAGGCAUACUGAUAUGCCAGAGGAGAUGCGUGUGGAGACCAUGGAGCUCUGCGUCACGGCCUGUGAGAAAUUCGCCUCCAACAAUGAGAGUGCUGCCAAGAUGAUCAAGGAGUCCAUGGAUAAGAAGUUUGGCAGUUCGUGGCAUGUGGUGAUCGGUGAGGGCUUUGGGUUUGAGGUGACCCACGAAGUCAGGAACCUGCUCUACAUGUUCUUCGGUGGAAGUCUCGCUGUGUGCGUUUGGAAAUGCUCCUGAUGUCACUUCCUGUCCACAUGAUCGCCAGUGUGAGAUAUUUCAACUCAUGGACCCGUUUUAUCUAUGCAGUCCUAUUUGACUUGACUUAUGUGUGUGAGUGUGCAUGUGUACAAGUGUGUGAAAUUGUGAAUGAUGAGGAAAAAUACAGAUUCCGGUGCACUUCUCCAGAUCAUCUUUCUCUAUCUUAAAUUUUAUUGUAUAGGCUUCAGCUUUGAGCUGAACACUCGGAUUUGACCAGGUUUACCUUUUUAAGCAUUUUAAUAAACUUUACUGGAACUAAGUUUAUUGCUGCAGGACUGCAGGUCCUAGUUAAGAACAUUCAUAGUUUCUGUCUGGUUUCUGAGCUUUUUACUUUCUUAAAGCAUGUUCCUGGUCAUGUUGUGCACAGUUCGUCAUUGCACUUUAUUCCAAAGAAAACCUUUGCCUAAUAUUUCAUCAAAACAAAUGCCUCACCUCUCACAAAUUCCACAAAUUUCCUUUUCUGUUGGCAUUACUUGUGUCCUGUUGAAUAGUAUUUAACAUUUAGUCUUUGUUUUUAGCAAAGUCAUGUUUGCUUGACUCAUUCAUUUGUUAAUUUAUUUUAGUAUAUGACACUUUCUUCCAGUCAAAUCUUAAAAUUGAUGAUUUCUCUUAGCAAUACACUACUGUUCAAAUGUUUGCGGUCAGUAAAAUUUACGUUCACCAAGGGUGCAUUUAUUUGAUCAAAAAUACAGUGAAAAAAUGCAACACUGUUAUUUGUUCAUUUUCUUUUCGGCUUAGUGCCUUUAUUAAUCUGGGGUUGCUACAGCUGAAUGAACCGCCAACUUAUCCAGCAUAUGUUUUAUGCAGCGGAUGCCCUUCCAGCUUCAACACAUCACUGGGAAACAUUCAUACACACUUAUUCACACACAUACACUAUGGUCAAUUUAGCUUACUCAAUUCACCUCUAGCGCAUGGCACAUGUCUUUGGACUGUGGGGGAAACCAGAGCACCCGGAGGAAACCUACGUGAACACAGGGAGAACAUGCAAACUCCACACAGAAAUGCCACCUGACCCAGCUGAGGCUCAAACCUUCUUGCUUUUAGGCGAUCGUGCUGCCCACUGCACCACCAUGACACGCAACACUGUUAAACAUUUACAUUUAAAAAUAACUGUUCUCUAAUUUGGGGUGGCGCAGUGGGUAGCACAUUCGCCUCACAGCAAGAAAGUCGCUGGUUCGAGCCCCGGCCAGGUCAGUUGGCAUUUAUGCUCCGGUUAAACCCCCCAAAUGGUAUACUAGAUGUCCUGAUGUCCUGUAUUUCCAGCCUGAUCUCACAAGAAGCAUGAGUAUUUUACUUUUUGUCAGUUAAGUAGCUAAUUCACUAGUUCAGUUGUUCGAAAAUGUACUAUUUUAAAAAGGAGGCAGUGCGCCCAACCGCCUCUAAACCUAACCGCCAUUGCUUGAUGAGCAGUACCAGAGAUCAUACCAAUUCAUACAGAUUAGCCACUAAAUCAAAAAGGUAUGAAUUGCUGUGAGAUUGCGUUGGUAUUUCCCAGUACAGUCCUGUAUUUUACAUCUAAUUUUAGUGUCCUGCAAUUACAACCUAAUUAAAGGUAACCAACUUCACGGUAGAACACAAUCACGAUCCAUUCACAUUCGUUAUCGAUUAGCAUGUAGUAACAGAAGCUUAGACUGGGGAGAAUGUUCUCUGAUAUUCCCUCUUGUCACCGCAAUCUUAGUUACUUCAGACACCAUCUGAUCUAUACUUCUUGCACCUUGCAAUAAUUGUCAAAAUGUUCAUCUCAUGAACAGAGUCAGAUAUGGUUUGCUGUCAGUAAAGGCAUGCAACAUUGUCUUUUAUGUGACUGUGCCUACUUUUUGACUGAUAAGUAAAUAAAUUCAUCUUUAUUUCAAUAGCGCUUUUAUAAUGUAGAUUGUGUCAAAGCAGCUUAACAUAGACGUUUUAGUAAACUGAAACUGUGUCAGUCUAGUUUUCCGAGUUAAAGUUUAGUUCAGUUCAGUGUGGUUUAAUUUUCACUGCUGAAAGUCCAAACACUAAAGAGCAAAUCCAUCGAUGCACAGCUCCACAAGUUUCAAACCAAGCAAGCCAAAAAGUCCCAAACCAUGCAAGCCAAAAAAUAAAUAGGCCUAAAAUAUUACUUCUAUAUGAAUAAUACACUUAUUUUCAGUAUUUGUAACAUCUCUGCUCUUAUAACAUAAUAGGGUUGCACGGUUUAACGGUACCGUGGUAGUAUCGCAAUACUAUGGCUCCAAAAUACUGACGGUGCCACUGUAGUUUGCAAACGGUAGUAUCAUCAUUAGCGGUCUAUCUACAAUAGAAAAUGUUGGAUGUGGAAAAGUCACUAAAACGCUCAUACACUUGUGCAACAAUAGACCAUUUUAUUUUAAUAGAAGAGACAAUUUAAAUUAAGAGAAAAUCUUAAAAAAGAACGGCUCACAAAGUACAACUUGGGAAGACUGGGGAAAAAAACAAUAGAUGAAAAACCCAAAAUAGCAACAAGAAACAUUAAAAAAAAUUUUGACCACUUCAUAUAGCCUAAUUUAUUUUUGCUAAUUCUAUAACCAUUUUAAUUUGGUAUAAAUUGUAUCUUUAUUUUAUGGUAUUUUUUGUUGGUCAGUUAUCUACAACAGUGGUUCCCAACCUUUUUUUGUUGCCUGAGACCCCCUUUUCCCCUGAAAAAUGUUGUAAGGCAGUUACUGCAAGUUUGCAGUAGGUAUGACAAAAAAAAAGGAACACAAGUAAACACCUUGCUGUAUUUUGGAUGAGUUGUCUGCAAAUGUCUUAUUAAUUUGGACGUCUUCAUGCAUUCCUUAGCAAGAGUUUUGGCGCAGAGAAUGCACUGUGGCUGGAUCAGGGACUUUUUGCUUUGAGAAAAUGCAAUAAAACCAUAGUUCUAUUAACUAUCUUGGUAUUUCCUGCAUUUUGUGUUUCCAGUAUUAUUAGUGCUGUGACCCGAAAUGUUUGGAGCUUCCUCACCUGGGCCCCAGUAUGCUUGGGUCAUUACUAUUAGUUGCUGAAGGCGAAUCAGUGAGACUCCAGUGAUUCAAUUCAAUCCACGUUUAUUUCUAUACCGCUUUUACAAUGUAGAUUGUGUCAAAGCAGCUUCACAUAGAAGAUUACAGUGAUUUAGUGAUUACAGUGUCAGUUCAGUUUUCAGAGUUUAAGUUCAGGUCUGUGUCUUUUUUGUUGAAAUUUGUAAUUACAAAUUUGUCAAUUUUUUUUGUCAGCCAGGGCAUAAUAAACUAAGGCAACAUGAUUGUUCUCCUAAUUGUCCACUGCUAAAAAAUAUUUUUCAAAAUAUGACGUGACCACCCCCCCCACCCCCCACAGAGCUCACUUAGGCCGCCUUGUGGGCUGGGACCCCACUGUUGGGAACCACUGAUCUACAAAAUAAACAAAAAGAAUGAAUACAUUUUAGGUAAAGUGAUGUGUAAAUAAUUUUAUAACUUUUUUCAAUAAAAAGGGAAUUAUUAAUUAAAUUCAAGACCUAUUAAAACAUGUAAAAUAUAGUAUUUCUGACUAUUUUCUUAUAAUUUGAGUUAUGAAUUACAGUAUCGCAAUACUCGGUAUUGAGAUACUUAAGCUUGUAUAGUAUCGUAAGAUGAAUUAAUGGUAUUGCGACAACCCUAUAACUACAUUUUCAUGAAGUAGGCUAACUUUGACAUCAUGAAUAUGGCUAUUUAUUUUUUCCCUCAAUUUCUGUUUAACGGAGAGAAGAUUUUUUCAACACAUUUCUAAACAUAAUAGUUUUAAAAACUUAUUUCCAAUAACUGAUUUAUUUUAUCUUUGUCAUGAUGACAGUAAAUAAUAUUUGACUAGAUAUUUUUCAAGAUACUUCUAUACAGCUUAAACUGGCAUUUAAAGACUUAACUAGGUUAAUUAGGGUAACUAGGCAGGUUAGGGGAAUUAGGCAAGUUAUUUUAUAAUGAUGGUUUGUUCUGUAGACUGUAGAAAAUAAAUAUGUAGCUUAAAGGGGCUAAUAAUUUUGACCUUAAAAUGUUUUUUAAAGUUAAAAACUGCUUUUAUUUUAGCCAAAAUAAAACAAACAAAUAAGACUUUCUCCAGAAGAAAAAAAUAUUAUCAGACAUACCAUGUAAAUUUCCUUGCUCUUGUUAAACAUCAUUUGGGAAAUAUUUAAAAAAGAAAAAAAAUUCAUAGGAGGGUUAAUAAUUCUGACUUCAGCUGUAUUAGGCAUGGGCCGAUAUAAGAUUCUGACAGUAUGAUAACCUUGGAUAAAAAUAUCACGGUAUUAUGGUAUUAUGAUUACUGCUCUAAAAUAUAUUCUUUUAAAAUGUCCAGGUAAAAAACAAAACCUUUUUCCCUUUUGAACACAAUAUAUUUUAUUUUGAGAAACAUUUAAAAUAUUUUGAAAGAGUAAACAUGGCUAAAGGAAUCAUUGACUUCUGCUGUCUUCAUUUGAUUCAAAAACAGAUUUUUAUUUUACAAUUUAAAACAGCAUCUUUGGAUAUCUUUUCUGCUGAAGAUACUGCUGUCCUAAAAAACACAAACAAACAAACAAAAAAACCUAAAUAAAAAAUUGUACACAUACCUUUUGAAUGCUAUUGCAAAAAAUGCUGACAGUUUUAAAACCUUGACUUUUCCAAACCGCGGUAUACCUUGAAAACGGUUAUCGUCCCGUGCCUAAACUGUAUGUCAUCUGCAUUUUACGAGCAUUGGUUCUGCUUCUAUGCCACAAGGCAAAUUCACAGUUAAAUCUCAGAAAUGUCUACACCCAUCAGUGCUGUUUUGGAAUUAUAUUCUCACACAAAUUUCCCAUUUGCCAAUUUAGUAAAUUUGUUUCUUGCCCGCAGGCUUAUGUCACAUGACCCUCUAGAAGUAUACUCAUAAAUUUAGUGAGUAAAUGAUGAAAAUAAUAAACAUGUUGCUUAAAUUUAUUGUGGUAUAAAACAACUGCAAUUUUGGGGGGCAAAAAUAAAUGAACAGAAUUUUUUUUUUUUUUUUUAAAUAAAGACCUUUUGUAUGCUGGAUGUUUGCUGUCACUUUUGAGAAAUGUAAUGCCUCCUUGAUGAAUACAAAUGUCUUUCAAUAAAAGUUUCUCACCUCAUACCCUAUGGAGAACAGUAGUGUAUUACAUUAGAGAAGUGAAAUUGAUUGCUACUAGCAAGAUACAGCAAUUUAAUGUAGCUUUAAUGUUUUUUUCAAUACAUAUGCACUGAAGUCCUGUGCAGCCACUGAAGUGUCAGUCUGCAUUUCUGUCUUUUUGAGGCUCUGAACACUCUGCUGUAUUUGUCUGGCAGGUUGUCGUAGGAGUGUGCUUUCUGUGUGAGACUGUGCAGGACAGAAUGUGCGUCCAUUUCAUAAAUCAUCUCUCUCUCUUUUUUUUCCUGUUCAUGUCUCUUUCAUUCUGUUUCCUGUCCAGCAGUGGCUCUCUCAGUGGGCUGCUCUGCCACCUGUUUCACAUUUCUCUUUCUCUUGCUGUUAUUUUCACUCUCUGUCCUUUCAUUCUCACUCCAGGAAUCGUGUGCCAUGUCUUUUAUGUGUAUGUAACCAGCCUUUCUGGAUCACAAAUACUUGAAUGUGAUAUGAAUAUGAAGUUUUUUUUUGUUUGUUUUUUACUUUAUUUCCGGCGAUUUCUGUAGUUAUGCAAUAAUACAAUUGAUUCUUUUUUUUUCCAUUUUACAGCCCUGAAUUUCAUAAAUGCUUCCAUUCACUGUCUUAAUUUGUAACUCUACAGCUGAAUCUAGUUCAGUUAAUACACUGCAAAAAAUAUUCAUAAAUUAUCUGUUUUCUGUUUUUUUGUGAUUCUAGUAUUAUGUUCUCCCAUUUAUUUGCUUUUGAAUGGCAUUGGGGGCCCUGAUCUUUCUUCCAACAACUAAAAAGUGACUUUUAUGAACAUUUUUAAUAGUUUAAAGUGAUUUAUUCACUAAAAAAAUAUUUUUUUUGCUCGUUCAAACUAUGUAUUUAAAAUGAGCUGAAACAACACAAUUCUUGACAUUUCAUUAUAACAAAUUUUUAUGUUCAAUCCACAUAAAUUUGUUAAAAGUGUUAAGUUAACUUAAUCAAUUUAUGUUGGGACAACAUGAAUGAAUUGUGUGGACCCCUGCAUUUUUACAGUGUUGUCUGGGUUGAUGUAUAUCGCAGUACAAAAACAUUGUAAUAAACUGCCAGAACAUUUUCUGUUAUUUUCCAGACGUAUUAAAAUGUCUAGAAAAUCAUCAAUAAAUGUCACUUUGUUAAACUCAGGUUCCCAUGUUUUCAUGAACAGCAGAUUCAAUGACUUUUUAAAGCACCAUCAAUUUUAAAACAAGCACUUUUUAAUUCAUAACCCAGCAUAUGGAGCGCCAUAAAAGUACUUAACAUUUCACUUACACCUAAUAUUUAUGUUAAAUAUAUUUUCAAAAACUUUGACCAUCUUAAAAAGGCAUGUUUGUAGAACUUUAAACAAAUUUGCUGAAUUCAAUGUUGGUAAUAUUCAAAUGCGGUUUCUGAAAUGUAAAAAAAAAAAAGCCAUGAACAAAUUUCAUUUAAAAUUGAAUUGAAGCACUUUCAAUGACCUAUGUUUGUUUAAAGUGCUUUCCAGGCCUUGAAUUAUUCGCAUAUCUGAAAUUCAAGUAUUUUCAAAUACUUUCAAGAAGUGUGGGAACCCUAUAAAUUGUAGAGUUGAAUGCCAAAAAAGAGAUUAAGGUCCCAUAAUGCAAUUCAAACAAAAAAAAAGUGAAUCACAAUAUACAGAAAUUACAGAUAUAUUUACAGUGCAGUUUUAGCGCUAUUUUGAUGGUACGGUGUUCAUGGAGAAUUUAUGCAAUUACGGAAAUUGUGCUUGUUGGUGAUUUAAUUGCAAGUGUGUAAUUUCUUAACCAUUAGCACCACUAGCGGAAAUAGCAAAAGUAAUGACCAUUCUGAUUAAACUCUUUGACCAACUGUUCUGACUUUAGUGGCAUAGCAUGGGUUGUGCCAGUUGUUAUUGUGUUCAGCUCAAAUCAGCGGUUUAGUUUGAUUCUUUAAUAAUAGACACGUCAUUAAUUCCAGUCUAAAUCGACAUCUCUACACACAAGGAUGAACUCAUCCUGUCCAAGGAUGCACUCAUCUUGUUGUUUUUGAAUCUUUCACCAACUUGAAUGGUUACUGUUUUACACUUUUGAUACUGAUGUUAUAUUCAAUAUGUUACAGGCGUAAUCCGGAGGAAACAAUUUCCAUGACAAUAAUGCUUUUUUCAGCUUUGGCACGAUUUUAACCGAAUGUUCGUUCCUAAAGAUCCUGCAGUGUGUCAAUGCAGAAAUCUUUUAUGGUUUUUAUGGUCUUUUAUUCAAUUUUUAAUUGUUUGUAUGAUAACAAUGUGCAAUAAUUGCUCUGUUUAGAUAAAUAAACGUUUAAAAAGA